AUGAGUAAGCGUGCACUAUCUCUCGAUGAUUUAGUUAAUCACGAUGAGAAUGACAAGAAUAAAUUACAAAAGCUAAGUGAAGAGGUAGAAGAACAGAAGGGUAGUAAUGCUCAACUGUCGUUACAAUCCAGAAUAGAUAAUUCAACAGAAAAGGAAUUAUUGAAGCAGUCACUAGAAAAUUUUGAACAACCUUCACAACAAGAACAAUCUAAAAAUAUUUCUAAUGUUUCAGAGAUAUCAAAUGAUAAUGCCAAUGAUGAUUAUGAUAAGUUCAAAAAUGGUUCUGAUAUAAUAUCAGGAUCUGUGUCCUCUAAUGAUUUUGACAUAGAUAGUGAUGAAACUGAUACAGAUGACGAAUUCGUUGGUAAUGGAGAGGUAAAUUUUGAUGCAGGGAUGACAUUUAACUAUGACAAGCAAGAUAGAGAUUCUCCUAAAAAAAAGUCAUCAUCUCCGAUAUCUGCUAAUAAAAUUACCUCAAGUAAAUCUAUUUCUACAAAGCAAGAUGAGAAGGUAAAAGAGAUACCAAUUUCACCAAAGGAGCAGACAUCAAUUACAUUCCAAGCAGAACUAAAAAAAGAUAGCAUAACUGAUAAUAAAGAAACUUUAAGUAAUGAAGUUGAAACACCCCAUAUCAAAACUGAAACUAUGAAUGAUAAACUCCAAGAAAUCAAGCCAAUAGAUAAGGAGAAAAAAGAAAAGAAUAACCUAAAACAGGAUAAUGGUGAAUCACCCAAUGAUAAAAUAUCUGAAAACACAAGGAAAAAAGGACUUGAAAAUUCCAUUCAGCCUGUUAAGGUAAAUAAUAUAUUUGAAGAAAAAUCAUCCUCCACUUUAAAGAAAAAUACAAUAAAGAAGGAUUUACAAAUGCUUCAAGAAAUUGCCUCAGCCUCCAAACCAAAUAAAUAUAAAAAUGUUCCAAUUUGGGCGCAAAAAUGGAAACCGACACUGAAUGCUUUACAACAAAUUAAUAGUGGUAACUUUAAAUUAGAUCCAUCCUUUUUGAAUAUUAUACCAGAUGAUGAUUUAACCAAAUCUGUACAGGAUUGGGUUUAUGCAACAAUAUUUUCAAUCGACCCUGAAGUGAGACAAUUUAUAGAAUUAGAAAUGAAAUUUGGUAUUAUUAGGGAAGGUGGUUUGCCUGACCGUAUUAAUCCACCAAUUUCUUCUCAAGCUAUCUAUACAGAGUUAGAUGCUCAUAUGACACCAAACAUCGAUGAAGUAUUAUUUAAGGAAUUAAAUAAGUAUAUUCGUGGUAUAGGAGAAAUGACUGAAAAUAGUGGUAAAUUUAGUGUAAUUGAAUCGACUACCAAGGAUUCAGUCUAUAGAGUAGGAAUUGCUACUCAAAGACCUCGAUUUUUAAGAAUGAGUACAGAUACUAGAACAGGUCGUAUUGGACAAUUUAUAGAGAAAAGGCAUAUUGCUCAAUUACUUUUGUACUCACCAAAAGACAGUUAUGAUGUGAAAAUAUCAUUGAACUUGGAAUUGCCAGUACCAGAUAAUGAUCCACCAGAAAAAUAUCAAUCACAAACUCCUACUAGUAUCAGAACUAAAGAAAGGGUGAGUUAUAUACAUAAUGAUUCAUGUACUAGGAUUGACGUUACUAGAGUCGUAACUCAUAGUCAAAAUCCAUCAAGAAAUAGUAAUGAAAUCUCACAUGAGGUGGAAUUAGAAAUUAACACGCCUGCACUAAUAACAGCCUUUGAUAAUAUUACUAAUGAUAGUAGGCAAUAUGCAGAACUAAUUAGAACAUUUUUAAAUAAUGGAACUAUCAUAAGGAGAAAGUUGACAUCUUUAUCAGCAGAGAUUUUCGAAGGUACUAAGAAAUAA